GCCUGCCUGCCUGUCUCCAGUGUCCAAUGUGAAUAUCAAGCUGACGAUGAGGAUCCUGACCUCGGUUGGACUAUUCCUGCUUUUCUUUGGCCCCGAAAACGUGUGUUCCUUGGACUUGAAGCAUCUUCGGGAACCUCCGGAGAUCUUGGACCAUCUGGUUCCAGCUUCGGUGCAGAAUCGCGGCGAGCCAGAUAAAGGGAACACUCACUUGUUCGAUGGAAUCAAGGACUUGAGAGAGAUUGCAGUGGUGGGUGGAAGUGAUCCAAGAGGUCCCGAUGAUACAGGUAAUGUGAGGCAUCUCAAAUGUGAGACAUGCUCACCUCCCAAAAAAAUUUGCCUGGCCUGGACCCGAUUGGCUGCGUUUGGCAUCAAAAUAUGUAAGAAGCAUGGUUAUCCUCGACGCCGACACAGAAGACCCCCAUCCUUUCAAAUUCCAAUCAUUGAAGGGAGCUCCAUUCCGGACACUGAGGCUCUUUUAGUUGAGGCUCUAGAUUAACAAGAAGUUGGCCUUACCACGUGCCAAAGGAAGGGUCUCGGAAUGUGAAAGAAACCCACCCAUAAGCCCUUGGAGUCAUUCCUUAUAAACAAUUCCCCCGAAUUUCUUAAAAAUGUGUGCAUUCAUGUAGGUUGCAGUUGCAGGGAUCUCUAGUACAGAGACCUAGUAGGUUGUACACAUUUUGUUAGGAAUAAAUAAAGUUGUGAGUAUUACGUUGUA